AGACAAUUUCACGACUGAUUUUUUAAUGGAGUGUCUGUUCUUUUUCUAAAUUUUAUUUUCCAAAAUUAAACAGAAAAUACAUUCGCUACCCAAACCCACUUUCCCAGAGGGGAACGGACCCUGACCCUAACCCUAACCCUAGAAGGAAAGAAGAAAUUCUGAGGAAGAUGACACAGACAGCCAUGUCCGACUUCAUCCCUGAAGAGGUCGUCGUGGGUAUCCUAUCCCGACUACCAACCAAAUCCCUAAUCCGAUUCAGGUCUGUUUCCAAGCUCUGGUAUUCUUUGAUUGCCAGCCCUAAUUUCAUUACUUCUCACCUCAAUCAAUCACUCACAAGCCCUAAAAACAGCUACCAUAACCUCCCACUCGUAACUGUCAGGCAAUGCAUUGCUCCUAGUAGUCCUAUCAGAUUUGGUCCUCCUCAUGAACAAAUCAGAUUAGAGCACUACAAACUAUUUAUUGAUACUGGAGAAGAAGAAGAUAACACAUUUGAUGAGUAUCUAGAAAUCCCGUUCCCACUCUAGCGGCCGUUAUUGCUACGUUUUACAGGGUUAUGUGAAAGGUUUGUUCUGCUUCGAGCUAAGUGAAAUUUUCCUUUGGAAUCCGUCCAUUAGAAGGUCCAUAAGCCUUCCCAAGCCUGGCAUUACAGAAAACACGCAUGGCCUCUUUUCGGAUUACCUUGGGUUUGGAUUUGACUCGCAGAGUAAUGAUUAUAAGGUGGUUAGAGUAGUCAUCCUUUGUGGAGGUACCCGGUCUGAAGAGGUGCCCCUCGUUGAGGUUUACUCCCUUAAUUCGGGCUCGUGGAAAGAAAGUAGAGGAGCGGGCAACUCUUUUCCUAGGGGAUCUGGACUACUGUACUUGGAAUGCCCUGCCGCUUGCUAAGAAGGGGCUAUUCAUUUUGUGGCACGAUGUGGAGGGAAUUGGGGUGCUAUAUUGAUUUGCUCCUUUGAUUUGGGCGACAGAUGUUUAAAACGAUGUCGUUGCCAAAUGGUCUUGUGACAAAGGAAAUGAGAACAAUAGUAUUCAGGGGAUCGCUCUCUCUUUUAUGCCACGAUGAAUCUAUUGUGCAAAUAAGUUUUGUUCUAUUUGGAUAAUGAAAGAGUAUGGCGUAGUUGAUUCUUGGUACAAGUAUGCCAAAGUUGAUAUAACAGGAGAAAUUUUAAGGGUAGUAGGUAUCCGGAAGAAUGGUCAUAUACUAUUGGAGGCAAAAGCAAAAGGAAAUUGGAAGCAUUGGGAGCUUUCUUCAUAUGACCCGUUGAAUAAAGAAAUCAAGCAGUUGGGAACUCUUGGUGUCCAUUUUCAUGUUGUUACGUACGAGGAGAACCUUAUCUUACUCAAUAAACCAAAUGAUCCGGUACUUAUCGAAACAAAUAAAACAAAUGAUCCGAUGUCUAGAAUGGGAUGGAACAGGAAGAGGAAGGAUAGACUAGGACAAAGAAUUGAGCCAAAAGGAAGAUAAUUAUGAAUUUGUCAAAUUUACUCGGUGGUUUGUAGAGCGGCAAACGUUGGUCAUUUUGCCAAGGCAGACCUUGGAUGUAUUCCGACUUGUGGUCUAGCCAUUCUAUCCUUGGAGACAGAUGCCGAUCAACCUACAACACCCAUCAGUGAGGCGGUUAAUGUGUUUUAUGUAUUCAGUUUGUGUAUUCGGUAUUCAUUUUGUAAUGGAAUAUGUAUCUAAAACUAUCCGAUCUUUCUGUGUUUUUUCCCAACAUGUUCUACAUUUAGCUGGUUCCAAGUAUUUUUAUUGAGGUGGCCUUUUGCUUCUA